CAUGGCAACAGUCGUCACCGAAAAGCUUAGCCGCCUCUUUAUUAACGUGCGGCAGGUCCCUCAGCUGCUGGCCCCUCUCUCUCCCUCCACCGUCAGCAGUUCGGAGGUGCCAAAGAUCUUCUGGAAGCCCUACAUCCACACCGGCUACCGGCCGGUGCAGCAGACCUGGCGCUAUUACUUCUCGACACUCUUCCAGCAGCACAACGAGGCCAUCAACGUCUGGACGCAUCUGGUUGCAGCGCUGAUCCUGCUGCUGCGGUUCCAGCAGCUCUCCCAACGGGUGGAUUUUGGGCAGGACCUGCACGCCCAACCCCUCCUCAUCAUCAUCGUGGCGUCCAUCACCUACCUGACGUUCAGCACCCUCGCUCACCUUCUGCAGGCCAAAUCUGAGUUCUGGCACUACAGCUUCUUCUUCAUGGACUACGUGGGGGUUGCCGUUUACCAGUACGGCAGCGCUCUGGGGCACUACUACUACGCCAUCGAGCCAAGCUGGCACGAGAAGAUCCAGGGGUUUUACAUGCCGGCGGCUGUCCUGUUAGCCUGGCUGUCCUGCGCGGGUUCCUGCUACGCCAAGUACCGGUAUCACCAAUCCGCUCACCUUCUGAGCAGGCUCUGCCAGGAGCUGCCCUCCGGCCUGGCGUACGUGCUGGACAUCAGCCCUGUGAUCCACCGCAUCUACACCGCGUCGCCCUCCGAGCGGGCUGACCCGGCCCUUCUGUAUCACAAAUGUCAAGUGCUCUUUUUCCUCAUUGGAGCCUUUUUUUUCUCACACCCUUACCCUGAGAAGUGGUUUCCCGGGAAAUGUCACUUCUUCGGGCAGAGCCAUCAGAUUUUUCACGUGUGCCUGGUACUCUGCACGUUGGCGCAGAUCGAGGCGGUGGUGUUGGACUAUGAGUCCAGGCGACAGAUCUAUUCCGCUCUUCAGGGUGAUUUGGCGCACAACUUCUCUGCCCUGUGCCUCUUCACUGUGACCUGCUCUGUCCUCACAGCCGCUUACAUGGCCCGGAAGGUGAAGACCAAGCUGAGCUUCAAAGAAGAGUGA